GAAAGUCAAAACUCAAGGCUAAACUAAUUGUGGUCGGAAAUUCAAACAAACUUCACCACCAUAUCGAUUUGAUCCUCCGGCAACUCAAAUAAUGCCGCUGAUUUCUAAUUCAUCUAUUGAUUUGAUCCUCCGGCAACUCAAAUAAUGCCGCUGAUUUCUGCGCGCCACCAUAUCGCCGCCGCACUUUUCUAACUCCCUCCAUUCCAAUAACCAAUCAAUCAUGUCCAGAAGUUUGGCUGCUGGAAGAGUUAGAAGGAUAGUUCGCACAUUUCUGCAAGAGCAGAAAUGUAGUUGUAGCAAGUUGGACCCUUGUUCACAGUACAAUUUUGUGAGCAAAAGCUAUUCCUCACAUAAUAUAUCUGUAGCUAGAGAUAUUUUUACAAUCAACGGAAGGCGGAAAAUGCAUAGUUUCUCAGCAAGCUUUUUAAUCUCAAAUGAAGCUAAAGUUGCUUGGCGAAGGCUUUUAUAUAUGCAAACUGAUGGUGGACAAGCUCUUUCUCGUAUUAGCAAAGCAGCUGCUGCUGUAAGUUUAGCUUUGAACCGUUAUCAACUUCUUGCUCCCAGUUUGCUUGCUCUAAUAGUUGGACAGUUUUCAUGUGCACAAUCUAAGUGGAGUCAUGCAGAAUACUUACCAGCGUCCGGCACUCUGUAUGAUCAUGCGCAAAAUGGACAUGUUUAUUUGACAUCCUUUGCCUUCUCACUGAUUGAGACUAUUAUAAUAUUUCUUAGAGCGAUCUAUUUAGCAAUCAUAUUUUCCCCUUGCAUACUGAUGGCUCCUUUCACCAACUCUCUUGGUGUUGAGUUCAGAAAAUCCUGGCUUAGUAUUCUUCGUCGCACCCUAGAAAAGGCCGGUCCAGCAUUUAUUAAAUGGGGACAAUGGGCUGCCACAAGACCCGAUCUUUUCCCUCAAGAUAUUUGCACAGAACUUGCACAUCUGCACUCCCAAGCACCAGCACAUAGCUUUGCCUUCACAAAGAAAACAGUUGAGAAGGCAUUUGGCCGCAAGCUGGGUGAAAUAUUUGAAAAGUUUGAAGAGGAGCCUGUUGCAUCUGGAAGUAUUGCUCAGGUUCACCGAGCUAUUCUCAAAUUCCGUCAUCCUGGUCACUCGAUGAAGCCUAUGUUAGUUGCUGUGAAGGUUAGGCAUCCUGGAGUUGGUGAGGCAAUUCGUAGAGACUUCAUGAUAAUAAAUGUCUUUGCUAAAAUUUCAAACUUGAUACCAACGUUGAAGUGGUUGAGGCUGGAUGAAAGCUUGCAACAAUUUGCAGUGUUUAUGAUGUCUCAAGUUGAUCUAGCCAGAGAAGCAGCACAUUUAAGUCGAUUUAUCUAUAAUUUCCGCAGAUGGAAGGAUGUUUCUUUCCCAAAGCCUCUCUAUCCUUUGGUGCACCCAGCUGUUCUGGUGGAAACUUAUGAGCGUGGCGACAGUGUCUUGCAUUAUGUUGAUAAACUUGAAGGACAUGGUAGUAUCAAAACAGCACUUGCUCAUAUCGGGAGUCAUGCCCUUCUGAAAAUGCUCUUGGGUCUUUUGCAGGUUGACAAUUUCGUCCAUGCUGAUAUGCACCCAGGAAAUAUACUUGUCCGGGUAAAUGAGAGAACCCCUGGGAAACAGAUCUUUGAAUCAAGACCACAUGUCGUAUUCCUUGACGUAGGCAUGACCGCUGAACUCUCUAAAAGAGAUAGGGUGAAUAUACUGGAGUUUUUCAAGGCUGUUGCUCUUCGAGAUGGACGCACUGCUGCUCAAUGUACUCUAGAAUUAUCUAAACACCAAAACUGCCCAAACCCUGGGGCUUUUAUAAAGGAAGUUGAAAAACAAUUCGAUUCCUGGGGAUCGCCUGAAAGCUGCACUCUACAUGCUGCUGAUUGCAUGCAGCAACUUCUGGAACUAGUUCGGCACCAUAAAGUUAACAUUGAUGGAAAUGUUUGUACUGUGAUUGUAACAACCAUGGUUCUUGAGGGUUGGCAACGUAAACUGGAUCCAGAUUACAAUGUAUUGGACACUUUGAGAGCAAUGAUGUUCAAAGUUGACUGGGCAGAGUCGUUGAGUUACACAAUUGAAGGUCUGGUUGCCCCCUGAGCUGAUGUCAACUAUACUUUGUUCAAGAUUCACAGAAAAUAAGAGAGCACUUCUUUUUAAUUCAUACAUACUGUCACUAGAAUAGAAUGGAAUAGGUUGGCAAAAGAUAAUGGCAUCUUCAUAAUCACAAGUGCCUGCAAUUUUUCAUUUUUGUACCAUAGUGUACAAUAAGCUUAAUCACGUCGAAGCAAUGAAUUCGAUGUAUUUGAUUUCAUUGGUAUUUGAACAAAUAAGUGACCAUAUUUGGUCCCUUGGAUCAUGUAAUUUUUGAGCUUUUAUAUGUUGUGAAAUUACGUUUUCUUUGCAUGGAA